UUAUAUCCUUAGCUUCUUCAAACAUCUUAUAGAUCCAUUGAGCUUAAAAACAAUAAGGAAAGAAAAUGUGGGCACGUAUAAUAUUUCCUCUCCUUUUUACCAUCUUCGUCUUGCCUCAACUCCCACAAGCUCGUGAUGAUUUUUCUCGUCAACCUGCUGGUCAAGUCAUUCUCACUCGACACGAUCGAUCAGACUCCGAUCCUCAACAGGUUCAUAUAUCACUGCUAGGAAGUGAUCACAUCAGAGUUUCAUGGAUUACUGAUGAUAGACAAGCACCAUCAAUCGUCGAAUAUGGUACGGAAUCAGGGAGAUUUGAUGUAAAGGCAAGAGGGGUACACACAUCGUAUACUUAUUUCCAAUAUAGCUCCGGCAAGAUUCACCAUGUUAAGAUUGGACCAUUGGAGCCAGACACCACCUAUUUCUACAGGUGUGGAGAGUCAGGCCCGGAAUUCUCUUUUAAGACACCUCCUUCCACAUUUCCCGUUGAAUUUGUCGUAGUUGGCGACCUAGGACAGACAGAUUGGACUGCAUCAACGCUAGCACAUGUUGAUGGUCAGGACUACGAUGUGUUUUUAUUACCAGGUGAUUUAUCAUACGCCAAUGGCCACCAGCCACUUUGGGACUCAUUUGGACGCCUAGUCGAGCCUUCUGCUAGCCGCCGCCCAUGGAUGGUGACUCAAGGGAACCAUGACAUUGAGAUCUUACCUAACCAUCCCAAAGGCUUCGUGUCCUAUAAUUCAAGGUGGCCAAUGCCAUACGAAGAGAGUGGAUCAACCUCAAAUUUGUAUUACUCAUUUGAAGUUGCUGCGACACACAUUAUAAUGUUAGGGUCAUACACCGAUUUCGAUGUAGACUCGGCUCAGUACAAGUGGCUUGAGGCUGAUUUAGCUCGAGUUGAUAGGAAUAAGACCCCAUGGAUUCUUGUGUUGUUGCAUGCCCCUUGGUAUAAUACUAACACAGCCCAUCAAGGUGAAGGAGAAAGCAUGAGACAAUCAAUGGAGGAGUUGUUGUAUAAGGCUCGUGUAGAUGUGGUUUUUGCUGGACAUGUUCAUGCAUAUGAACGAUUUACUAGGGUUUAUGAUAAUGAGAAAGACAAAUGCGGUCCAGUAUAUAUUACCAUUGGUGAUGGAGGAAACCGUGAAGGACUUGCAUUAGAUUAUGAGGAACCUGCUUCUCCUCUCUCAUUGUAUCGGGAGCCAAGCUUUGGCCAUGGACGCUUCAGGAUUCUAAACGAAACACAUGCAUUUUGGUCAUGGCACCGCAACAAUGAUGCAGACGCCAUUGUUGCAGAUGAUGUCUGGUUUGAAAGCUUAAGCACGUCUAAAGCAUGCUGGGAUACUGUGGAUGAGCAAGUAUCAUCAUCAUUUUCUAAGGAUGAACUCUAAUUAAGCUGACGCAUAAAUUUGCGAGCUUAAGUGGAUGCAUAUAUAUCUUAUUGUAUAUUAUUUCAACUGAAGCAUGAAACUCCAGAGACAAUUUGGCUAAUAUUUGCAUUGUUGCAAACAUCAUUUCUUCUAAUCCAUGCAUGGAUGCAUGUUCUAUAUCUUACGCGGUGAUGAAUAUUAUCUAAAUCAAACUUAAUCCUUAUAGAAAUUAUUGUUGA